AUGGGGCAUGUGCGAACGCAAGGCGCAGCGGUCGUCGAUGUCUCAUCCUCGGCAUCGCAGUUUCUUAAUGUGCGCGAAGUGUCGCUGAAAAUGACACUUGCCUCUCGAUUGGGAUUAGUUGUCCUGCUGUUGCUCGCGAGCACGGCAGGGCAAUCUGGGUAUCCGUCUUCCUUUGUGAUCCAAGCAGUGGCCGACGAACCGGCCUCAGAGUGUGUUGUGCAGGAAAGCGAGGGUCAGACAACGUGCACCUGCCUGUCGACCGAGGCAGGAAAACCAAAGGUACUUCAGGCAACGCUGUCGGCAGCGAAAUCUGCGCUGCAGUUGGUGUGCCAAUCGGAUCUAAAAUGUGCACCAGACGGAUUGUCAGAGAAACAAGUUUGUCCAGAAAGCACCACAGACCUGAAGGACUGCAAAGCAAAUGGUCCGACUGAAUGUGUCAAUGUCACGACCCUACUCACCGGCAACAUUGAGACAGUGAGAUGGGAAGAAGUCAAUGUCGACUCAAAGAACCCCAAGCCCAAGAGGCUAACUAUUCCCACGGAGAACCUUCCAUACACCGACAAAAAGUUCAUAGUGGGUUGCCUCGAUAAGGAAGGAAACAAUGCCAAAUGCAAGUUGACAGUGACGCUUGAGGCGAGAGAAAGUGUGACUGAAAACCAGACAGUCACAUGUGCCUACGGAAAGACCAGCAAUCCAACACACCAAACCAUCACGUUAAGCCCCUCUCAAAACAGCUUCACUCUGGUGUGCGGAAGCGAAGGAGAAGUUCUCCCGACCGAAUACCAGAACACGUACUGUGUUAGUCAGGCGGGAACGAACGCCUCCGCCGAGUGUUGUGGCAAUUACACAGAAGUUAUCCCAGCGUACGAAAGCAACUGGUGGAAGGAAGACAGAAGCAGUCACUCAUUCACUCUGGCGAUUCCAGAGGAUGGUUUUCCGGAGGAGGCAACGAAUAUCACGGUUGGCUGCCAACAGAAGGGUGCUGACACAUCCAACAAUGCCCGGGAUGAGGCUGUAUCGGAUUCACCGACUGUUUGCAGCGUUGACGUGACGAUUGAGGGUGUCACUUCGUCAGCAUCCUCUGUGGGCACGGCUGGUGCAUUCUCUUUCCUUGGAGGUUUCGCUGCGUUGUUGACAGGGUUAGGGCCUGUGAUGUGA